AGGCACUAAGCCGAAUGAAAAUGAAUGAAAAAUGAAUAAUACAUCAGUCAUACUAAAUUAAUAUUACUUUGACAAUUUUUCCUUAUUUUUAUUGGUUAAGACUGAAUACUCCAAACAUGCUACUCCCGUCUGUGUCUUCUGGAAUAUUGGCUUGAUGCCGGGUCAUACAAGUGCUUGGUCCAACAAAGGGUGCAGAGUGGUGCCUUCACCUCUUGAUGUCACUUCCUGCUUUUGCAACCACACCACCAAUUUUGCUGUCCUCAUAAAUUAUAUGGAGUCACGGUGGAGCGCUACAGAGGAGAGUGUUCUGACGAAGCUGACGUUUAUCGGGUCUGGAGCGUCUCUCUGUGCACUGCUGGUGACCUUGAUGCUGUUUACCGUGUUGGACAUCCCGAAAUCAGAUCGUACAUCAGUCCACAAGAACCUAUUUGUGUCUCUGACCUGUGCUCAGAUUGUUCUUCUCUGCAGUGGAUCUGCUGUUCAUAAUAAGCUUUAG